UUGAUUUUAUUAUUAUUAAAUAGGGAAACUCUCUAAAAAUUCAAGAUGACCCAAGGUAAAAAUCCAAGAAAUUUCAAAAAGAAGGGAACCAAGAAGAAGCAGCAACAUGCCUUCGCCAAGAAAAACUGGUACACUGUUCUCGCUCCAUCUGUGUUCGAAACCAGAGAAGCAUGUUUGACUCCAGUCACAAAGGCAUCCGCCGGAAGAAAAGAAUCAAACAAGCUAAAAGGCAGAGUAUUCGAGAUUUCAUUGGCCGAUCUCAAAAAGAACAUGCCAGAAAUGUCAUGGAGGAAGAUCCAAUUGCAAGUAGAGGCUAUCGAAGGAUCCAAGUGCUAUACUUCUUUCUAUGGAAUGACUAUGACCAGAGAUAGACUUUGUCACAUUGUCAAGAAAUGGCAAUCCACCAUUGAGGCAUUUGUUGAUGUCAAAACCCAAGACGGUUACUUCAUGAGAGUCUUCGCUCUUGCUUUCACCCAGAGAAGGAAGACCCAAUUGAAGGCUACCUGCUACGCUUCCGCCUGCCAACAAGGAAAAAUCAGAAAGAAGAUGAGAGACAUCAUUAUUGAUGAGGCCAAAUCUGUCCCAUUGAAACAACUUACCGGAAAGUUUGUUGAGAGAGUAAUUGAGAAGAGAAUUGGUAAAGAAUGUAACAAAAUCUUCCCACUCCAGAACAUCUACUUGAAGAGAGUAAAGAUGCUCAAAAAGCCAAGAUUCGACUUCUCCAGAUUAAUGGACAUGUAUAGUGAUAAGGCUGGAGCUGCUAGAGUUGUAGACCAGAAAGUUAAGCAACAGGAGGCUGCAGCUUUCAAGGUAGAAGACACUAAAGAAGAAACCCAAGAAUAAUUACCUAAUGC